UGAGGUGGAGUUUAGUCGACGUGAGGUGGAGUUUAGUCGACGUGAGGUUUAGUUGAAGCGAGGGGUUUAAUUGAAACAAGGUUUAGUGUGAAAUUGAUCUGAGGUGAGGUUGAGCUGAGGUAAAGUCUGGUCGAGGUGAUUGAGGGUUUAGUUGAGGUAAAGUUUAGUCGAGGUGAGGAUUUAGUCGAGGUGCGAGGUUUAGUUGAGGACGUUUAGUCGAGGUGCAGUUUAGUGAGUUGAGGUUUAGGUGUGAGGUGAAGGUUAGUGAGGUGUGAGGUUUAGUUGAGGUGAAGCUUAGUCGAGGCGAGGUUUGGUAGUGAGGUGUGAGGUAUCGUGGAGGCGAGGGGUUUAGUCCAGGUGUAGGUGUGUAGGUGAGGAGAAGUGAGCGUAGGUGAGGUGAGGAGAAGUGGGUGUCUGAGCUCAGGAAGGGAGAGCGAGGAGCUGCUGAAGGAGACGAGACCAUGUCUGGGACGCAGGGUUCAGAGGUCAGACUCCAGGGAGCUUUGACAUGGAGAGCGAGCGAGCGGGCAGAAGAUGCCGGAUAAAUGUUCUCUCGGGGGCUGGGAACGGGGAAGAUGCUGCUGCUCCUUCUCAGACCAUCACAACCCCAGGGAUUGGUGUCAGUGAGGAGUGGAUGAGUUCCCUGGGCUCUGGAGUGGAUCACUGACAUUAAUAUUGAUCUGGGACUGAGGCCAUUCAGACCAUCUCCCUCAUCCUUCUAGUUGUCUGUCUCCAUCUGGCAACUUUCCCCAGCUGUGAGGAAAGAAUAUUAACCUGAAACAUUCCCUCCGUUUCUCCCUCCACAGAUGCUGCCUGGUUUGCUGAAUAUCUCUGACAAUUUAUUCUUGUUUACAACUGUGGUUUUGCAGCAGCCACUGGGUGCUGUUCCUGACUACAGUGUGGGGGAAGCCCAUGAUAGUCACUGUCUUCAUUGCCACAAAUGUAGACACUGAUGUCUGUUGGCUGGAAGCUGCAAUCUUGAAUCUUGACGGACAACAUGUUGGGUCUGGACCUUUCAGGCAGAUCACGCCCGACCUGCACUUUAAAUGCAGUUUCCUCUCUUACUGUGAUAUGGUUUAUGACUUCUUGGAAUCAAUAAUGUUUUGAUCUUGCUGGAAUGCAAUUAACAGCUGAUUUAUUUCAACCCGAGAAAAAAACUCACUAUAUUCUGAGUGAAGAAAUAUUUCAUUUAUUUCCAGAAGAAGUUACCCUCUAAUUUUAAGUUCUGAUCCUUUAUUCUGGAAUUGUCCUGUAUUAAAUUAAAAAAUGAUUUUUUAAAUCUGUUUUGGAAUUAAUGUCUGAUGAUUACAUAUUAUGCACCAAAGUGUAUCAGGUACAAUGUUUGUUUUUCCAGGAUUCUGACCAUUUCAACGACAUUGCUGGCUAUUUUUCCAAGGAAGCGUUUGAAAAACUAAUGGACUGGGAGAAGGUCCGCUAUAAGAACAUAAAACGGAAUUAUGAAGCCAUGGUUGCCAUUGGAUUAGACGUACCAAAACCCGAAUUUAUGACCAAUCGGAGCAGAAGGCGUCCAAUCCAAGUAGACGAAUCAAGCGAGUCCGAUGAGGAUUGGACACCUAAACUUCUGACAAAAAAUCCACAACGAUUCAAAAUCUUUGGGCCUUUUAAGAAUGAAAAUGGCAAGAAUUCCAAAAGAAAGCCUGUCAUAAAGGUCACGUCAUAUACAGGGGAGGACAAAAGAGAUUUGGGAGGAGCCACUGAAGAAACAAAGGAAGGCACAGUGUUGGUUAAAAGAAUCAAAAGAGCAACAGUUGUCUCCACCAGAAAGACUUUGGGAUCUGCAAGCGAGGAAAUGACCAAAGAAACAGAAAAAAUAAGUUAUAAUUUACGAAAUAAGGAGAGAAUACUUUACACAGAAGAAGGGGAGCUCUGUGAUGACGAUUACCUUUGUACGUCCAAAGUAACCAAUCUAUUUCUUCAGAGCAACCAUAUUUCAUUAGGAGCAUUGUAGUGAUGGCACGGUGCAUUGGUAGCCAGGGCAAUGGUGGAACAAAGCAGGCUUUGGUUCAAGAGCACACACUUGUGUUCGCUCAUGAACUAAUUUUUCUUUUAACAUUUAUCACAAAUAAUUGUUGUUAACUUCUGGAAUUUUGUCAGACAUUGGAAUCUGACAUUGAUUCCCCAGUAAACUGACAGUGACUGUU